AUGUCUACCAGCGGCGCCGUCGGCAAGACGUGGAGAUCUGCCUCCACUAUCGUUGCCACCAAGGAGAUUGGGUACCACCUCCUGAAGAUCGACGGCUACUCCCACACCAAGUCCAUCCCGUGCGGUGAGUGUAUCAGGUCCCGGCCUUUCACCGUGGGCAGCCAUCGUUGGCGUCUGUGUUACUACCCCAAUGGUUACGAGUUGGCAUUGUAUAAGGACUACAUAUGCAUCAGCCUAAUGCUCGACGAGGAUGUCGCCACGGUGGUGUACGCAAAACAUGUCAUCUAUUUCGCCGAGGAGCAAGCAUCAUCCACGGUAAAUGCAUCACCGGUUGACAGAUUUUCUAGCCGUGGUAGGAGCCCGUACCCAAAAUUCGUUAGGUGGAGGGAAGACUUUGAGAAGCCUGAGCGCCUUAGGAACGAUUCGGUCACCAUCCGGUGCGACAUCAUCGUCAUCAACGAUUGCCGCACGGAGGAUACGUCCUUCAGCUCGGUGCCCCCUUGCGACCUACGGCAGCACUUCGGCGAUCUCCUCGACAGCCAGAAGGGUGCCGACGUGGUGUUCGAGGUCGCUGGUGAGACAAUGGCCGCUCACCGGUGCGUGCUCGCGGCCCGAUCGUCGGUCUUCUGCGCCGAGCUGUUCGGAUCAAUGAAGGAGGGAGACAGCGCCGGGGUCGUACGCAUAGAAGACAUGGAGGCAGAUGUAUUCAGGGACUUGCUCUUCUUUGCCUACACUGGCACCUUACGGGCGACACAAGAUGAAGAUUGCAAGCUCCAGAAUUUGCUUGUCGCCGCGGACAGGUAUGCUAUGGAGAGACUGAAACUGAUUUGCGAGGAAAAGCUAUGCCGGGACGUAGAGGUGGGAUCGGUGGCGACUGUCUUGGCGCUUGCCGAGCAGCACCAUUGCGACAAUCUGAAGAAGGCGUGCUUUGAGCUCCUCAGCUCUCAGGCAAAUAUGAGGGCAGCCAUGGCCACUGAUGGGUUCGAGCAUCUGCGUAGGAGCUGCCCUUCACUUGUGGAUGAGCUGAUUGCCAUGUCCUUGGCGUCUCAGUUGUGCAAUACCCCAAUGUUUUAG